UGAAAACACAAGUAUUCGACCGAGAGCUGUCAAAUGCCUGGCGAUAACACCGAACGUGCCAGCAUUUCAAAUAAACAUUCCAAUCCGGAGCUUUCUGUAUUUACGCUAAUCGAUCGAUUACCCUCACCGAACGUAUAAAAGUGAUGUCUAAUUCCAUACAUCGUAAUUCUUCAUGUAAACACUCGUGUAAUUGUCGAAGAUCGAGAUAACUGGGAAGAUCGCAGUGUAGUUUGUCACCGAACGUUAAUAAUUUCCUUUAAUCACGAGCCAAGCACGUGAAGCCUUGUUAAGUCAUUGCUGUUCUCGUCCUGAUCUUGAUGGAUCCCUGGAUCCCUUGAUCCUGCCAUGAUGACUCCGAUGAGCGAGGACGGUGGUCCGCUGAGGGAGUGGGCACCACUGACAAGCCUACUUCAGCAGAUACCGGUGAAGCUGCAAAACGGAAUAUUCACGCAGGACAUCAACUUCACGUGCAUCUCAGUGCUACCUGAGUUCCUGGCAAUUGGUACAAAUUGCGGACUGGUUUACUGGUAUAAUCGUGAGACAGGUGACCUCCAGAGGUUGAGAUGCGAGAACACCUACUCCAGCAUCACGUGCCUGCGGGUAAUCUCGACGGUGGACUAUAUGGUAGCAGCUGGUAACAGUCAAGGGGUAGUCACAGUAUUCCAGAUUCCGAAGAAUCUCCCGGAGUCGCUGCCCGAGAGCCUGCGACCCAAGCAGAAGAAACAGGUGGAGAGGUAUAACAUUGGGGGGAUCCACAAGAGCCCAGUGAGUUCAGUGGAGUGGUCGAAAAAUGGGAUGAAAUUGUUCAGUGGUGAUCAGGAUGGCCUUGUUGUCCUCACGGAGAUUGACUUUUAUAUGCACCUGUCCAAGUCCUCCGAAUUGUUGAACGAAAAAUACGCUGUGGUACAGCUGAGCUAUCAGCAGGGGCUUCUGCUGGUGUCCACCCUUUUCAGGACAAUUUUAGUUAACAGUAAUCAGGAGAGGAAGGUGUUUCAGGUGGGCCAGAAGGAGAGAAAGUCGCUGGGAAAGUUGGGGGCAGUUUUUGCUGCUCGUCAAGCACACGUUCAGGAACCAGUGAUUUACGCCAGUCGACCUGGACUGAGACUCUGGCAGGCCGACAAGACCGGGACUGUCAUCAAGACACUCAUCUUCAAGGAGGCCGUUCAAACGACUAAUACCGAUGUCGGCCUGUUAAAUCCUGCGCCUGAGAUGUUCAAGAAGAAACGGGGAGAGCCCAGUUUUGGGGCAUUGAUUCCCUUCUGCGACGAUUUAUUCGUUACAUUCAACGAUGAUAUCAUUUAUGUGAUAAAUCCUGUGACGAUAGCUAUCACUUCGGUUGUCAAUGAACUCAGGAAGGUCACUGAUGUGUCCUGCACGAAAGACGAGGUGUUUGUCCUCGAGGGAACGAGGAACAUCUUGAGGAUCGCCUAUCAUCCUGAGAUAAGCAACGUCGAGAGUCCUGAGGAGACGAAGGACACUCUGACAUUCGCAGAGUUCAGUAAACCUGUUACUGCCGGGAUUCUUGGGCUCACUUCGAAGAUCAAAGAGAAUUCCCUAGUCCCAAGCCUCCCAUUUUACAAGAUUAGUUCCAGCAACAUCAUUCAGGAGAUUAGUGCUCUACCUUCGAGAGGGGGAGUCGAUCCAAAUCCUAUAGUCAAUGGAGAAGAAGCCACGGAGAUGCCUCCAAUUGUCCCGCUAACCAUUGACACACCUUUGGUCACUGAUAUUGAUAUUGAAGUAGAGCAGAAUGCUAACUCUGGGAAGAGAGACGAGGGAAAGGUCGACAGAAGGCAAAUUUUCCAGAAAAUUGGAGAACAAGAAUUUGAGGAAGUUGUCUUCACACCUGAAAGAAAACACAAGAGGGUGGGGAAGAGCAGGAUUAAUGGGAACAAUGGGGAGGACAGUUUUUUGAAGUAUUGCAAAGAUGUUCAAGAGACUCAUUCGUCUCUUUUAACACUGACUAUUGAUGAUGAUUGUAUUCUCAGGGGGGAGAGGAAUCUCGAGAGCAUUCAGAAGGAUGUCGAGAACAAGGAGAAGCUACUUGCUGAUGUCCUCAAUUUUGAUCUGUCUGAGUACAUGACGAGCAGCAGGAAUUUCUCGGAUGAUAUUCUUUCCAAUGGGAAUGGAUGCGCACUUGACACGAUACCAUACGUCAAUUGUAACGAGUCGACUGCUGAUUCUGCAGUUUUAGGGAUUGACGAGGCGGAUGACUCGGGAGAUGAGGACGAAAGCUAUAGGACUGAACUGAAGAAACUGGAGACACUGGGGGAGUGCAGUAAACAGCUCUUGCUUAUGGGAAAAAAGAACUUGGUUGGAGCUGGAGAGAAUAAGGUGGAGAUGAAUGGUGGAGAGGAGCUUAAUCAUUCCAGGGAACUGGAGAUCCGUUUCAAUGUUCUUUCGAAAGAAUUCGUAUCUUCAGCGAUAUGUGAUGAAGCUGAUGACUGGGUCGUCGUGUCAUCACAGGAUUAAAAUCGUAAUCAAGACCAGAGAGUAAAUUUCAUUUUGACAAUUAAUCAAUUCAAUUGAAGAUUAUGUUAUUUAAUUGUACAAUAUUUAUUCGGUAUAAUAAUAUAUUUUAUUUAUUUGGUUGGGGGAGAAUCGAGAUAAUGGACUUUUCUAUCUACUUAAAUGUUGAGCACAUUGAAGAAAUAUCGCCAUUCGUUAAAAAUUUAAUGACUUGCCGAUAUGUCAAACGAAUGAAGAUACGAUUUUAACUCGCAUUCUCCCCCUCUCUCCCAUAGGAUAAACCGUAGUCAUAAAAACCCGGUCUAAGUAUAAUUAUGUUUUAUCUGCUUCAGAUAUUGUUUCAGAUUAAGUACAAGAUUAAUUUUUAUGCUAGUCUUCACUGAAUUUUUUUAUGCCACACGAAACGAGCCAAUAAUUUUGAGGCACAGGAGAGAUAAAUUGAAAUAUACUGCAAACGUUGUUAUA